UGGGAAAACGAGUCGGUCGGGGUCGUUCGUCGAGUCGUGGCUGUUAGCCGUAGCCAUAGCUGUAGCUGUAGCUGUAGCGAUGAUGAUGUCGCUAGUUUCGUACACUCUGUGCUGAACGUUCGUUGGCGGUGGUUCACGCAUCGCGUUCCGCAGGUUUUUUCCAAUUGAUUCCCGAGUGGUUCGAAAUAUCGUAUAUAUUUAUCGCGACAAUACCAUACUUAUAGAGGCCUGGAUUUUUAGACCCGCGCAUGUGGAUAUAUCUGAACGCGUUUGCGUUUUUCGGUGACACUGGAUAUUCCGGUGACGUUGUUUUAAUUUUCUUUCCAUUUUGUGGCCUGGCGAAGCGUGAGCAACGCCAGCACCUCAACAUUUAAGAUUCGGGGCCAACAACAAUUCCAUCCGCAGGUCGAGAUGCCGACCAUUCGGCGUUGCUGCAUCAUCGGUUGUCUGUCCAACUCGCGCCAGCAUCCCAGCAUGCAGUUCUUCGCCUUUCCACGGCCGGAGAACCCAUUCCACAAGUUGUGGAAGGAGGCGUGCCACGCCUCUUUGCGUAGGAUUGUGCCCUUCAAGAAGCCGGUGGUGUGUGCCCUGCACUUUGACCCCAGUGUUUUGGGCGGCAGGCGACUGCAGUCGAAUGCUCUGCCCACUUUGCGAUUGGAGGUACCCUCUAAUCUCGAGGCCGUGGAGCAACAGGCCAUGGUGGAGGAGAUAGAGAGGAGCCGGAAGUGCGCCUACAUCAAUGCCGUGGUCUACGAAUGGCUGGUCAGAGCCAACAUUAAUCCCCAGCUGCGAGGCAGCAUCACUCAUGGCAUGAUCAAGGAUAAGGCGGAGAAUGCGAGGCAGGUCGUGGGUAGCACCUCCUUCAUAGCAGACAAUCGCUGGUUGAAUCGCUUCCGGGAGACCCACCUCCAGGGAUUUGCCCAGAAGCUGGCCAGCAAUCAGUUGAAGCCCCUCGGAUCCUCCCUGUGGAUUCCAGACAUAGUCCAAGAUCUGGCCCAUCUCUUUCCGCCCGCCAGUGCUGAAAGAGUGGCCAAGCUGGAGGAGAUGCCCGAGCAGUACAUGACCUAUAUGCAGCAGUAUGGCGAAUACGAAGAGGAUGAUGACAGCAUGGAUGUCAAGGAGCAGAGCUACCAGGAGCAGCAGCAGCAGCAACAACAACACUUUGCCCUGCAGCAGCAGCAGCAGCAGCAGCACAUGCAACAGCAGAUGGGUCAUCCUUGGCCACCAUUUCCCGGACAUCCGGGACAUCCUCCGCAACCGCACCCAGGAUUCGCCAGCUUUAAUGACUUCUAUUUCGAAAGGCAUCAGCAGCAAAUGCAGCAGCAACUGCAGCAGCAACAGAUGCAGCAGCAGGCGCAAUUUCCACCCACCAUGCCACCGCAAAGGGAACCUUUUCAGCCCCAAUUGCCGCCAAAUGUUCCUCCCCAGCGAACGAGUCCAUUCCAGCCUGUUCAGUUGGCCAAGAGGCCCAAAAUGGAGUCGCCCGAUGACGAUGAAGUGCAGGAGAUCAACUCGUCGGUAACAUCGCCACCGCUUCCCCUCGCAGAAUCCACUUUAACCGGCAAGGACAGCCGGAGCUGCAGUCCCAAGGAGCAGAACAACAACAAUGACGGGGGCAGGGAUAGUGCCAGUAGCAAGGAGAAUGCCCCAAAGGCAGGCGGACCGAGUGGCAAGUCCACACCCGCACUCUCUGCCAAAGGAAAGGACUCACCGGCUCCAGCCAAAGCAGCACCCUCUUCUGCACCCGCCUCGCCCAAGAAGAUAUCGAAUGGAGGAGGCAGUACCAAUGGCCACUCAUCGUCCCCUGAACUCGAGGAUAAGAAAUCAUUGGCCAUGCUCAAGGAAUUGGAAAGCUAUCACCAGGCCUUGGAGUACCUAAAACCUCUGGAGGACUUUGUGCUCUUCAAGGAAAACUUCCGUGCAAUUGGUCUGCUUUCCCAGUUGGAAUUGGUGCUCCGCAAAGGUGACAAGGCCACGCUUGCCGACGGUUAAGAUGCAAGGGUCGUAUCGCAGGAGAAGCACAAAUAAACAAUAAUGUGAUGAACAAUGUACAUAUGUAUCAAGUAGUAUUAUUAAUUCGUACUACCACCAAAUGAGAAGUCUAGGAUUACGAAGAAUCUCAACUCGCAUAAAGCUGAACAUAAUUCAUUAAUUUAUUAAUAACUAUAAGAACAUUAAAAUGGAAUUUUAAUAAUGAUGCAA